GGGGCUGAGGUUUCCAAGAUGUCUCUCUCUAGUCCCAUCAGUUGCCGUUCGACAUCGAGUCCACUCAAAAUGGCACUCUUGGUCAGCUCUGCGUUGUUGUGUUUGCUUUCACUUAUUGAUCCCACUUUGGAACAGAAUGCCACCAAUGUGACCUACGUAACGCACAUCACCCACGUGGUCGUGCACCAGCAACAUCAACCGCCGCUGGCGUCCCCACCAUGGCUGAACAACUCCACCAACGUAACGCUGCCGAUGCCGUUCGAUUCUGUGAGUUCCCUGCCACCGUUGGCCACAACUCCACCACCGCCGUCUCCGAUGGAAGCCCUGCCGCCGUUGGCCACGACCCCACCACCACCGUCUCCGCUGGAAGCGGGAAUUCCGCUGUACAAACAUCCGCACUUUGACGCCGAAGGGAAGCCCAUUUGGUUCCCGCGGAUCGUCGGCGGAACCCCGGCUACGAUCGGCGAGUUUCCGUCAAAGGUUUCGCUGCAGUUGGUCACGAAUGGGGCCCACUUUUGUGGCGGAACCCUGCUGACCAUGCAGCACGUGCUGACCGCGGCGCACUGCGUUACCGAUAGGAGGGGCGUGCCGAUGAGUGUUUCGAUGAUCCAAGCCAUGGCCGACGACCUGAACAUCCUGCCAAAAAUGGGCGCUCCAACGCGUCAGGUGCGACAAGCCCGCACCAUCUCCGUCCACGACAAGUACAGCCCGGCCACGCUGGCCAACGACCUAGCCCUGGUACGAGUAACCUCAGAUUUUGUCAAAACUGCCACACUCUACCCAACGAAACGUGCCUCGGCAGCUCCCGCAGCCGGUCAACUGUGCUCGCUUGCAGGCUGGGGCGUUACGGCCGCGGACAGCACCAAGGUCAGUCCGACGCUGCAGCGGGUCAACCUGGAGGUUGUUAGUUUCGAGCACUGCAACGCCGCCUACCAGGGAACGCUGGCGAAGGGAAUGAUGUGUGCGGCCGCGCCCGGUCGGGACGCCUGCCAGGGAGAUUCCGGCGGGGCGUUGAUCUGCCAGAAUCGGGUGGCGGGAAUUGUGAGCUUCGGAGCCGGCUGUGCCCAUCCGAACUUCCCCGGCGUCUACAUGGACGUCGUUCAUCACGAGAAGUGGAUUAGCAAGUCGCUGAACGGGGUUCAAGGGUUGAAAGUGCAGCUUGGAGUUUGGAUCGUGAUGGUGGCGGUUCUGAUUAAAACCGCUUUUAGUGGUUAGCUUUUGCUGAACGUGGAAAUAGCCUAGAUGUAGACAACUUAGAGCAUUGAAUGAGCUUUGUUAUCAGGACAAGAAAAAUGUUGCUGAUAGUUGUUUUUUUUUUGCGCUAAAAAUAAUUGCAUAAUUUUUAUCAGUCUCAUGUUGCAUUGCUCAUUGAUAAGGUUGGCCAUGUUACAUGAGUUUGACUGAUAAAAACUGCAAUCACUCGAAUAAAAUGUUUACAAACAA